CCUCAUGUUAAGGGCCAUCACCCCGCUGACAGUUCGGUAAUCCCGUUCUCAUGCAUUCGCUUAAGGUAUUUUUAUCGCUUUUUCCCGCAUCUCUGGAUUUUCAUGGAUGCCGAAGCGGCGAUGGUGGGCUUGGAGGCAAGUGAGUCACGGAGAGGAUGGUCCACAUCGGCGUUUAAAAUAUAGUAGAAGAGGUUGACUAGGAAGUGCAUGCCAUCACCUCGAUUCAUACUUACGGUGCGAGUUGCCAAAUUUUACAUGCGCGCCACUACCUUCCCUCUCCCCCCUCGUGCCCUGAUCCUUCCUCAAUCGCUUCUGCUUCUUCUGUGAGGGGCUGUUUGCUUUUCAAGUUGUUCUGCGACUGCCGUUUUGCUCCUCCCUCCGUCCUCGGGCACUAUCCCCUUAGGUCCUAAUCUGCACCUGCAUUGCCCUCUACCCUCCUCCUUGGUACGUUUCCGAAGCAAUAGUGGAAGCUUGUUGUUGUUUUCUCUUGUUGUGGGUCUUGUUUCUCAGGGUGGAGGGGCCGAUACUGAAGCUUGCCUUCCGAGAUGAGAUGAGCUUGCGGGUGUGUAUUUGAUUGUAUGUUGCAGACGACAGUGUACGUCUAGAUUCUUCGAGGAACCCCGUUGUGCAGCAGCAAUUAUUAGACGCUUCCUUCAGUCGCGACAUUCGUGGUACAUCCAAGGGGUCAGACAUGCUACGAUUUGACAAAUUUGGUUGAGAUGACAGCGGAGUGGGAGAUGCAUAUCUAGGGCUAUUCCGCUUGGGCUAUCUAUUUUAAGAAAUCAAGUUUUCUGGAAGAGUUAAUGCUUGUGGGCACGAUGGUGAGCCCCCGAGUGGUCCUGCUUUUCGCAGGCAUUGUAUUGAUGCUCGGUCAGUGCUGCGUCGUUGAAUCACAACCUUCUUUGGGCACAUUUACUUUAGGCUUUCUCGGCCCUGCAGCCGAAUCAGAGAUUCCAACCAAACUGGCCAUCGAAUGGGAGUCAGCUUUCAAGGUGGCUGUGGAGGUUUUGAACUCAAAGGGCCGUCCAUACAUACUCUCUCCCCGAAGCGAAUACAGUGACUGUGAUUGGCAAAAAGCGUAUCAUGGUGCCGAUGUACUUCUUAAUCUGGACCCUCUUACUUACCCUCCAGUGAUUGGAGUUGUUGGGCCUGCGUGCAGUGGGGCAGCUAUGGCCUCCUCCCCGGUGAUGAAGGUUAAAAACAUCUCCAUGGUAUCGUUUGCCGCCACCUCCGAGGCGCUAGCAGCGGACAGAGACUUCUCCGACAACUUAUAUCGUACAGUAUACAGCGACAACUAUCAAGCUCAGGCCAUUGCUGCCAGCAUUACGAAGUUGAACAUGACGGCUGUUACUGUUUUACAUACCAAGCAAUACUACUCUAUGAAUCUUGCGCAAAACAUUCAGGAGGCUGUAGCUGGAGCAAUUCCAGUCAAUGUCGUGAUGCUUGAAAAUGGAGAGAAUUCCACUUUAGACUUCGUGCAGCUUAAAACCGUCUUGGACAAGCAUGAUCCCAACACUUUCGUGAUACUGGUUAUGCACCCUCAGCAGGCACAUGAUGCCUUUGAAGCCCUUAAUGUGCAGGGUAGGCUUGACAAUCCCUGGUGGUACUUCGGCACUGAUGGAGUCACAGCUCUUGACCCUGCAGAUGAAAAACCUGAACUUGUCCAAAAGCUUUUGGGAGAGAUCGGAAUCGCACCUUUUGGUGGUGAUUAUUCCAAUACUUCCGAGUGUGGGGAGUACUGGACUUACUGGGAGCAGGCAGGUUAUCCAGGCCGGCCUGUGUCAGGAGUAUCAAAAUCGCGAUCAUACACCCCCUACCUUCUCGACACUGUCCAUCUGUAUUUUGUUAUCUGUGAUCACCUAGUUAGCACCAAUCAAACUAUCACAGCUCAAAACAUAUGGAAUGUCCUCAAGGCUGGCCAUCCUCCGUUUCUAGGGUGCACUGGGGAGGUAGCUAUUUCUCCAAUAACCGGCAGUCGAAACAUCUCAGUUCAACCCCCUAUCUACGACCUUGUCUCAUUAACCGUGGAUGACUGGGAGGCAAAAGGGAGGAUCGAAUCCAAUAAGUUCAUUUCGCUACAACCACUACAAAGACCUACUGGAACAGUAUCCGCGGCAACUGCUGAUAACCCUUCGAAGAAGAGCAAUGCAGGAACUGUAGUUGGAAUAAUUUUUGGGUUGCUUCUAGCAGUUGCAAUUGUUAUUGGAGGAUAUAUUGUGUGGAAACGGAGGCAGAACAACUAUUAUAACCCAACAUCCUUUAUCCGGACAAUGCAUUAAGGGAAUUUUAGAGUAGUCUACUUUGUAGACUUCUUUUGUAACAGUAGCCAGCUUGAGGGGUCAGGACUGAAGUUCUCUCCCUCUUAUUACCCAUUGACAAAUCCGUAUAAAUCUCCCUUUGCUUAGUGCUGUGCAACUUUAAUAGACAUUUAUUGAAGAA